GAAUUGUUUACACCCAGACACUUGUUCUGUAUCUGAUUUUUCUUUUUCCCUGUGGGAUCUUUAGACAACGAUAGAAGUGAUUGGUUUUCUAAAACUCUCUCUCUGUUUCUCUCUAUACAAGGAGAUUGAAGGGCAGGUUUUCUCCAUUGUUGUUUGUAAUUACUUGUUUCUUCCGGAGAGAUGAGAGGUGUUCUUACUAUUACCUUCGUGCUUUCUCAGCUGCUACUGGUCAAUCUUUGCUUUUCACAUCCCUUGUGUUCUAAUAUGAGGUCACCUUUUACCCCAGAGACCCCGCUUGCCUUCUGUCAAUACGAUGGUAGUGUUUGCUGUAACUAUACUGAAGAUACGGAAUUGCAGAAUCAAUUUAAAGCAAUGAAUGUUUCAGAUGUUGGUUGCAUUUCACUUCUCAAAUCAAUACUCUGCGCGAGAUGUGAUCAGUUCUCAGCAGAACUAUACCGAAUUGAAUCAGCACCUUGGAAAGUUCCUGUUCUCUGCAAUUCUACUGUUUCUGCAAAAUCGCCUCAGUCCCGGCUCACAGAAGUUGGCUUUUGUUCAAAGGUAUGGGAUGAGUGCAAAAAUGCCUCUAUAUCAAAUUCUCUUUUUCCAUUGCAAGAUAGAGGUGGAGUGCCACUUAAUUCUACUACAAAGAUGGCAGAUAUAUGGCUGUCUAAAAGUGCUUUCUGCAAUGAAUUUGGUGGUGCUUCUGAAUCUGGAGCGGUUUGUUUUGAUGGUGGACCAGUUGUUCUGAAUCAUACCGAAAAUCUAACUCCACCCAGUGGCAUUUGCCUUGAGAAAAUUGGAAAUGGAUCCUACCUUAAUAUGGUAGCUCAUCCUGAUGGAACAAAUCGAGUCUUCUUAUCUGACCAACCUGGUAAGAUAUGGUUGGCAACUGUUCCUGAGGAGGGAUCAGGAGAACUAUUGACAGUAGAUGAAUUAAAUCCUUUUCUUGAUUUGACUGAUCAAGUAUAUUCUGAAAGUGAGUUUGGGCUGAUGGGAAUAGCAUUUCAUCCCAACUUUCAAGAGAAUGGCCGCUUCUUUGCUUCAUUUAACUGCGACAAGGUUAAGUGGCCAGAAUGUUCAGGAAGAUGUUCAUGUAACCCAGAUGUUGGAUGCGAUCCUUCAAAGCUAGACUCUGACAAUGGGGCACAGCCAUGUCAAUAUUCCAGCAUCAUAGCAGAGUUUACUGCUAACAGUAGCACAUCACAGUCUUCCCGGGUAACAAGUAUCAAACCUCAAGAAGUCAGAAGAAUAUUCACUAUAGGCCUUCCGUUUACUUCUCACCAUGGUGGUCAGAUUCUCUUUGGACCGGAAGAUGGUUACCUGUAUUUCAUGAUGGGAGAUGGUGGAAGUGUUGGUGAUCCUUACAAUUUUGCACAAAACAAGAAAUCAUUGCUCGGAAAGAUUUUGAGGCUUGAUGUAGAUAACAUGCCAAGUGCAGAGGUAGUUUCUGACCUUGGUCUAUGGGGAAAUUAUUCUGUCCCUGGAGAUAAUCCAUUUGCUGAAGAUAAGCAAUUGCAGCCUGAAAUUUGGGCCAUUGGAUUUAGAAAUCCUUGGAGAUACAGUUUUGAUUCAGAAAGGUCUUCCUACUUCCUGUGUGCAGAUGUUGGCCAGGACCAAUAUGAAGAGGUGGAUAUAGUCACCAAGGGUGGUAACUAUGGAUGGCGUAUUUAUGAGGGCCCCUUUCUUUACAAUCCCCCAACUUCUCCUGGGGGAAAUACGUCUGCUAGCUCUAUUGACCCAAUCUUCCCUGUAAUGGGUUACAACCACUCUGAUGUAAACAAAGCUUUAGGAUCUGCAUCUAUCACAGGUGGUUACUUUUAUCGGUCCAUGAAUGAUCCGUGCAUGUAUGGAAGGUACCUCUAUGCAGAUUUAUACGGUGGUGGUGGUGGAAUGUGGACAGGUACAGAAAUCCCAACAGAAAGUCGGAACUUCAGCAGCACUCAUAUUUCUAUCAGUUGUGCUAGGGACUCUCCUAUGCAGUGCAGCACUGAAGCAGGAAGCUCUCUCCCCUCGGCCUCACUGGGGUACAUAUUCUCAUUUGGGGAGGAUAAUAGCAAGGAUCUCUUCAUCCUGGCCAGCUUGGGGGUGUAUAGAGUUGUUCGUCCUAGUCGCUGCAACUAAAAUUGCUCCAAGGAAAAUGUUACAGAUCUUGAACGUCCAACUUCUGCUCCUUCUCCUCCUCCUCCUUCUGGUUCCAACUCAUAUGGUAGGCGGUUGAGCAAUUCAUUGAUGGAGCUGGUGCUCUUAAUUAUUUCCUCCUUGCUGCUUUUGUUCGGCUCUUCCGGUAAUCGAUAAUAAUCUACGUGGGCUCACUUAUUUGAAUUUACCAUUUAAAGCCCAAUUGUGUACAAGAAGUUUAGAGCUCUGGUCCAGUAUGUGGGCUCGUGCUGAGACAUAAUGGGCCACGAUCUUGUGGGUCCAAUCACAUAGCUCAUAGCUUUGCCUGGGUCUUGAUUCUUAAACCUGGUCCUUUUGUGAGAGGCUGGACUCGGAUUCCUCUUCUCAGGCCUCGUCGUGAUCUUUUCAACAAAGAAAACAUCUAGCUCGACAUAACAAAACAAUGCAAAACAGGGAAAUGCCUCUUGUAAUUACUGAAUCAGACUCUCUCAAAACACAAGAAUAUUUCAUAUCCAAGUGCAUUCUUUGUAGACUGUACUAAUUAUUGUUGUAAGAAUGUUUUGAAUGGAGGAAUCAUCAGGAUCUCUUUGAAUGUGCAAAGAAAAACUGU